AACAAUAAAAUUAAAUAAAAAAAGCAUAACCUCAUUCAGAGAUUCUAAAAGAAAACUGCAAUAAAUAAACAAAUAAUAAAUUAAAAAGUUCAGUCAAAUAAGUAAUAAAAAAUAUCAAUAAAGGUAAAGAAAAUGAAUAACUCAGGAUAUAUCUCAAACAGCACUCAAAUCACUAACUAGAGCUAAAUAGAUCGUGUUUAAAAGGUUUUCGAUCGUAUCAACAAUAUCCAAAACAGUAUCGAAGGUGAAAAGCAAAGCAGAUUUACUGUUAUUACUCAACUCAUAUUAUAAUUCGAGCAAACUCUUAACGAAUUAAGCGCCCGUAAAGAAGAAAAAUUUGAAAAUUUAGCUGAAAAACUCCGCAAGUUGGAAGAAGCUAUUGUUGAAGAAUCUGAGAAAUCUGAGACAUAAGAUAAUGAUUCUCAACGUGAAUUAAUUAACUUAGAAAAAAAUUGCAAGCGUCUUCUUGAACUUAAUAGCAAGGAGCGUGUUGAAAGUGAAAAGAAGCUUGCUCAGCGCAUUGCUUAGCAAUUCGAAGCUCUCACUGUCGAUAUUAAUAAAGAAGCUUAAGCUUAAAUGACAUCUCAUGGCUACCUUGAUACCUACCUUAAUGAGGAUCUCCCUCGUUUGAAGGAUGAAUUAAGCUAUGAAAUUUAAUAACGUCAAGAAGUUGAACAAAAAAUUCAUAGUCAAUUUAUGGAUAGAAUUUCUGAACUAAAGGAGAUAUUUGAACGUGAACGCAAGGAAAGAGAAAUUAAGGAAGAAUAGCUUGUUGUUUUCCUUAAAGAGCUCUCUCACCGCACAUAAGACAACCUUGUCCGUAUUAAAAGAGAUAGAGAAAGAAAUGAAGAAUAAAUUGUUACCUUAAUUGAAAGUGUUAUUGAAAAAUUGAAGAAAGAAAUGGUUGAGCUCGAAUUGUGA